UGCUUCUCCGAGUGUUGACUUUUUGAUUUUCCAAAGUUUUUCUCGUUGAAAAUUUGCAAAAAAAUGUUGUAUUUAGUAGGUUUAGGCUUAGGAGAUGCUAAAGAUAUCACAGUCAGGGGUUUGGAGAUAGUUAAGGCAGCCGAUCAAGUUUAUUUAGAAGCUUACACGUCUAUAUUGACUGUUGGAAAGGAGGCAUUGGAAAGUUUCUAUGGUAGAGAAAUUAUUGUGGCUGAUAGGGAAUUUGUGGAACAAAAGGCUGAAUCCUUAUUGAAUUCGGCCAGAAAUACUGAUAUUGCUUUCCUAGUUGUAGGUGAUCCAUUUGGUGCAACAACUCACACUGAUCUUGUAUUAAGAGCCAAGGAAGUUGGUGUACCUUUCCAAGUUGUUCACAAUACUUCAAUUUUGAAUGCUGUGGGUUGUUGUGGUCUUCAGUUGUACAGCUUUGGAGAAACUGUUUCAAUUCCAUUUUGGACAGAUACGUGGAAACCAGACAGCUUUUUUGAAAAAAUUGAAGGAAAUUUAGAAAGAGGACUACACACACUGUGUUUACUGGAUAUUAAAGUGAAAGAGCAAACGGUAGAGAAUAUGAUGAAGAAUAGGCCAAUAUUCGAACCGCCACGAUUCAUGAGUAACCAACAAGCAGCCAACCAAUUGAUGGAGAUUGUCAAAUCUAAGAACCAAACAAAAUUAACCGGUGAAACUUUGUGUGUUGGCGUGGCGCGUGUUGGCUGGCCUGAUCAAAAGUUAAGUGCCUGUACACUAGAGGAAAUGUUGACCUGCGAGUUAGGUCAACCACUUCACUCUUUAGUGAUUGUGGGCAAAAUUCAUCCACUCGAGCUGGACUUCUUACGGAUGUUUAGCCCUGAAAUUACCUCACACAGUGGCCAAUAACGGUAAUAAAUUGCUGUACAUUA